CCAAGGUACUGACUCACUCGUACAUUCAUCACAACAUAUGUACAAGUCUACCAGUUGUUUCCCGUCAACGCUUUCCUCCUACAUUCCACUUUCCCUAGGCGAAGACAUAUGUCAGACUGAGUGCAAGGACUCACGUCUUUGCUCUUUUGAGCCCCGAGUCCCUGCUCCUGAAGCCCCAAAAGACUCUUUUUGCCCCCCGACAUCCCUACGCCGACGAGCAGUGGCCUCCUUCCCCAGAUGUCGGACCACCCGAGGACCAUGAACUAAACUGAUUGAGACGAACUUGGUCGAAUUCCAAAAUCCUCAUUAGAUCGGCGUUGGCCGUUCUCCAGAAAACGUUUUCCACCGAUUAGACUUCACAUCUUGGUUCCUUUGCCACGUUGUAUCUUUUCUCCCCAGUUGCUCAUCUACAGCAAAAAGAGGUGCUGUGAUACUAUGGUGUGAUGGCUGAAAAACAACACCACCCUCAGCAAUCUCAACAUGGCGGCUUCGACGUCGACCACGAAGCUCAUUACAAUGAGACCGUGGCGGCGGGAACAGCGCCCUUGGGUCCCAUAUCGACGGCAGCACAAGCACACCACGAUCUCACGUCGACCGUCGUCGACAAGGUCCCCGUGUGGUACGGCAGCCUGUCCAACGUCCGGUCCUUCGGCCGCUUCAACCCCUUGACCAGCUUCAAAAGAAUCAUGUACGCGUUGAUCCCAAGCUUCAUCACCACCCCGUCAGCCACGACACCGUCCAAGUCGGGAAUUUCAGCGCUCGACGGCCUGCGAGGAAUUGCGUGUCUGUUUGUGUUUGGGGAGCACUAUGUCAUCUGCUACCAGUCUCGCGACACGCAGGUUUGGAUUAUGAGGGUGCCCUUCAUCCGGCUCAUCUACUACGGCAAGGCGGCCGUGUUUCUCUUCUUCGUCAUCUCAGGCUACGUGCUCAGCGUCAAGCCGUUGCGACUCAUCCGGUCCAAGUCGUACCUCGAGCUACACAAGACCAUCUCAUCCAGCUUCCUCCGCCGCGCCAUCCGUCUUUACCUGCCGUGUCUGAUCGCGAGCUUCAUUGCUUGCAAUUUGACGAGCCUGGGCUUCUUCGACAAUGCGUCUGUGGUCUACAAGCACUUUUCGCAAUUCAUCUUCUUGAAGGAGCGCCCGCCGCCACGCGUGAGUUUCACGUCACAGUGGCGAGGGUAUCUCAACAACGCCGAUUUUAUUUUCAGUGGCACGAUCCCCUGGGACAAGGACACCAACGUGCUUAAUUACCACUCGUACGACGACCAUCAGUGGACGAUCCCCAAGGAAUUCCAGAGUAGCAUGGCCGUCUUCGCCUUGUUGGUGACGACGUCCCGGAUGCGCCCUUUCUUCCGUAUGGCCACCAUCUUCUCCCUGGCCGUGUACGGCAUGUGCACGGCUCGUCUGUACACGGCGCUGUUCUUCGCCGGCAUGGUCUGCGCUGAGCUCGACCUCAUCCGUGCCGCGUACUACGCCGACUACCAAGCACACCACGGCGGCCGCGGUGGACUGCUGCACAAGGUCAUGCACCUCCCUGACGCGUGGUACAAGUGCAUGUGGAUUUCCCUGUUCACGGUCGGCGUAUGGAUGAUCUCGUCGCCUCAAGAAAUCCAGCGCACCCCAAACUACCUGCCUGCGUUGUUGGCCAGCUGGGGCAUCUGGUGGCCCGAUGACAAACUCCUCACUUUCGGUUCGAUCCUCGUGGUCUGGAGCGUGGCCACCUGCCCAUCGCUCGGCCCGCUGUUCAACAACCCCUUUGUCGCCUAUCUCGGCAAAAUCUCCUACGCUCUGUACCUCGUCCACGGAACCGUGAUCAAGUCGAUCGGGUACAAUGUCCUGCCCCGAACUCUGCGCCUCGCCACGGGUGCCGGCGCCGACGUCGAAUUGAACGCCGAGUGGUGGGCCACGGUCUCGAACUCGAACAAGGUCGUGGCGUACCUUUUGGGUUUGAGCUGCGUGGGAACCGUGUGUUUCUGGAUGUCGGAUCUGUUUUGGAGGUUUGUCGACAUUCCGUGUGUGAAUUUCGCCCGGGCCGUCGAGAAUUACUUGACGCGCGGAGCAGACACAAAUGAGGAAUCAUUGAUGUUGUUGCCAAGGUCGAACCCGAGAACACCGUCCGUGGGUGGUGUUGGUGGUGUUGGCGGUGGACAACGUGCUGUGUCUCUCAACAACGGUGGAUCGCGUGAUGUGUCUUUGUCGUCAUCGUCGAUCGAACAGCAUCAACAUCAGCAAUACAGUUCCAAUCCCGUGUCGCCGGCGACGAGCAACGCCAUGGCUGCACUGGGUGUGCAGAAUCAAAAGAGGAAGAAUGGUUGAAAAUUGAGUUGCGAGUUUUGUUCGGUUCGGAAUUGGAAUACUUUCUGGCACACGGAAAUCUUGCAAAGCAUCGGAGAAAGGGGCGAGUUCGCAUCGUCGUGUGUAUUUAUUUUUAUCGUUAGUUACGUGGCAACAGAG